UUAGUUCAUUGCCAUGUGACUUUUUGUUGCCAGCUUUCUGCAAAACGAGAGACCAGUGGAGAGAAGUCAAGGCAACUGCGUGAUGCACAGCAGGAAGCCAGAGAUAAAAUGGAGGAUAUAGAACGGCUGGCACGUGAACUGAAGGCAAAAAUAUUGUCAAUGAAGGAAGAGAAAGAGCAACUAACUGCUGAACGACAAGAGCAGAUCAAACAGAGGACUAAACUUGAGUUAAAAGCAAAGGAUCUACAGGAUGAAAUGGCUGGAAAUAGUGAACAAAGAAAACGCCUUCUGAAGGAAAGGCAGAAGCUGUUAGAAAAGAUAGAAGAGAAGCAAAAAGAACUUGCAGAAACAGAACCAAAGUUCAGUGCUGUAAAAGAAAAAGAAGAAAAUGGGAUUGCAAGGUCAGUAACUAUUGCUUUGGAGCAACUACAAGAUAAAAUGAAGCAGCGGGUGUUUGAAUGA